AUGGAGGAUGGGCCCCGGGUUUCACGCAGCCCACAGGCCAGGGCUCUGGGCAUCCCUCACCCUGUGGAAGGAGCUGCGGCUGCCAGCAGAUGCGUCCAGGGUGGAUGGGCAGAGCUGGGGCCAGCAGCGGGAGGGGCGGGGUGGGGCGGAGUGGGGCGGGCGGGGCGGCUGCAGGGCUCCGCCCGCUCCCUUGCCAGGCAGCAGCCAGCCCUUCACUAUACCCUCGGCAUCACUUGGUCCCUGUCACCUCUUUGCUCUCCUCGUCUACAUCCAAGCCCCAAGCUGGCGGCCCCGGAGGCAGCAGACCCCACGGAGGAGUGGGAUGAAGCCCGCUUUCAGAAGGAGGUGGAGAGCCUCAAGUACCAGUUGGCCUUCAAGAGGGAGAUGUCGUCAAAGUCCAUCCCGGAGCUCCUCAAGUGGAUCGAGGACGGGAUCCCUAAGGACCCCUUCCUGAACCCCGACCUGAUGAAAAACAACCCAUGGGUGGAGAAGGGCAAGUGCUCGAUCCUGUGAAGCCCAGCCGGGCCGAAGGCCCUUCCUGCCAGACACUUUAUAAAGACUCUAAAAGGCAGUGGCUCUCGUGUGUUUUCUAACAAAAACAGCAAUUCUGGGGUCAAAUGGAGCUCCAGACUCCCAGCCUGGGCCUGAGUGUCCGCC